CUUAACGUUCUUUACGAGUGAGACCAAUUUUUCCGAUAAGAUUUGCAUUGUUGUUCCAAAAUUGGUACACGUCUAAACUUGAUCUUAAAUUCUAACGUCUGAUGUAUAUUAAAUUUCGGUCGUGCAUCGUUGGCCACAAUGUCUUCAUAUAGUGUUUCGUUUCAUUGCUUGAAACAAAGCCAGCCGGUGGAACAAUAAAAGAAUCGUAAACAAACUCUUCAUUUGCAUUACAACCCGUUACAAUUACAUAAAAGCGGAAUCCUUAAAGUUUCUUUAGUAGAGCAAGGGAAGGUCGUAUGGAAAUAUCUAUUGGCAUUGACUGCUAUAUCUUCUACCUACUACACGCAACUAACGCAUUUCUUUUUUUUUUAGAAUGUGGUGGACAAUUACCGGCAACUUCGGAAAUAUACUACCGAUCGAUUGGUCAAAGUCGUGCGCUCGAAAACUUCAUAUGCCUUCACUGAACUUAAAUCAAAAUGAAAAUAUUUUAACACCUGAUGACGAUUUGGAGUUAAGCUCGGAGGAUGAAGCAGUAGCGAAUGAUUUAGAUAUGCACGCUUUAAUUCUUGGUGGUUUGCAUCAGGAUCAAGAACCUCUGAAGACUGCAGACGAGGUCAUUCGCGAAAUUGACGAUAUGAUGCAGGAAGAAGACGCAUCUCUGGAGGUUUCGCCAGACUCAAGAGACACCAUUGACACCAAUGAAACUUUAGAAAAGGCAAAGGAGGUGUUGAGUUCACCGUUAUACGAAGACAAGCUUCGCGAUCUCAGUUUAACCCAACUUAACGAAUUGUAUAUGGAAUUAGAAGUUUUAAUUAGAGAAUUUUCGGAGACGUUAAUUACGGAACUGGCAUUAAGAGACGAAUUAGAAUAUGAAAAAGAGCUAAAGAACACAUUUAUUUCAUUACUGCUUGCAGUGCAGAAUAAACGACGACAAUACCACGUUGAGAAGAAACGAAGUUCAAAAGGAAACGCCCUACGUCCUCCAAGUGGAUUAGAUCCAAAGUAUUUAACCACCGUUAUUCCAUAUCACCUAGAUAGUGGCCCGCCCGAUAACCAAGCCCUCCAAGUUCUUAUUAAAAUUUUAAAGGCGAUUAAUGAAGAUAGUCCUACUGUUCCAACCCUUUUAACAGAUUAUAUAUUAAAAGUGAUUUGUCCUACAUAGGAGAAAUUGUUUGGUAACCCUUAGUAAAAGCACAGUAUGUUACAUGACAAAUAAGCUGAUGUUUACUCUAGGAAAGAAAUUCGAGAUACCUUCUGUUUUUUUUUAAUUUAUGCUAAUUUUGUUAUUCAUUUUUUAUAUUGUUCCUCAUGUAUAUUUCUUAUUUUUUAAAAACGAAGUUGUAAAUAGCGUCUGCUUCAGAAUCUAGUCUAAUUAAAUAAGUAAGAGUCGUAU